AUGAAUCGUUUUACUGAUUUCGAUCUCGGUACGAAAACACUUUCACCAAUAUAUGGAUAUUAUAGUUGUAAACUUGUCUCUCUGGAACAAUCAUUAAUUGCAAUCCUUCCUUAUAUCGAUCAAUUGUCUCGCUAUAUCAAAGUAGCUAAGCAACAUUGCCAUUUUCCUUCAGAACAUGGUCUCACACGCGAUGAAUCAGCUGCUGUAUAUUUGUACACGAUGGAGUGGGGCAAAGGUAGCUUCUAUCGUGUAUUAAAUCAAGCACUAAGAAGUGAAGACCGAUCUAAACUAAAGCCUUGGUUUCCUUUUCUUAAACUAUUCGAAGUAGCAAUUGAAAAACUACCUUCAGUAAAGAAAGCUAUAUGGCGCGGGGUUCAAAAAGAUCUCAGUGAGAAAUUAAAGAAAGAUCAAAUAUUGACUUGGUGGGCUGUGAAUUCGUGUUCAUCAUCUGUCGAUGUUAUUAAAGGAUUUGUCGAUAUCAAUUCGACUCUUUUCUUGAUUGAAGCAGUUAAUGGAAGGAAUAUUAAAGGCUACACGAACUUUGACAAUGAAGAUGAACUCAUACUGAUGCCAGGCACCCGUCUGCAAGUUGAGAGUAAUGCAUUGAAUCAUCUUGGCGGUCUACACGUAAUACAUUUAAGAGAAUUGAGUGACAAUAGUGACGAGCAAUUAGCAUCAGCUAUUGUACAGGUUCACUUGCCACCAACGGCAUCUGAUGGAACAGCACAACAUUAUAAACCAAAAACUCAAAAUGACUUCAGCAUGAAACCAAAAACAAUGCAAGUAGACAAACACAAAAAAACUUAUCCACCAAAUGGAAACCAACAUCAAUGGGUACCCGUCGCUCCAAACUAUUUACAGGAAUUGAAAACCAGUGUUAAUGAUAGACUAGUGGCAGUAAUGCCGAAUCAGUCCCAGAUAAACAUUACUAAUGUGCCCCUCCUUGCUCGACAAUAUCGCGAUACCAUGAGCUCUCAAUCGUUAUCAGUAAAACCAAAUCGAACUUCAUUCCCGACAGUCUCGCCGAAUCAUGCUCAAACAUAUUCAAAUGCAACAAAUCAUGCCGAACAAUACCCAGUCAUUUCAAAUCAUUCUAUGUCUUCUCAAGUAUACAACCAGAACUUGUCUUAUGUGGCCCCUAACUCCAUCCAAAUUGUUAACUAUCCAGAUGGCAGAUACGAAGGAACUUUUCAAAAUGGUCUUAGGCAGGGGCAUGGAAGUUUUGAUUGUAACAACUGUGGCCAUAAAUAUGUUGGUAGUUGGGUAAACGAUAAACCUAACGGUCAAGGAGUAUCCGUCUGGCCUAAUGGUAGUCGAUAUGACGGAAAUUGGAAAGAUGGCCUGAAGGAUGGAUAUGGUACCUUUCAUUGUGGGGACUGUGGACAUAUAUAUGUGGGUAAUUUUAUUAAGGACCUUAUGCAUGGGCACGGGAUAUUUACAUCUCGCGAAGGUUGGCAAUAUCAAGGAUCUUGGAUGAAUGAUAAGAAACAUGGAUGGGGCACUAUGACAUUUGCCAAUGGUAUGGUAACGAGCGGCAAUUGGUUCAAUGACACGUAUAUGAAUUAA